AUGGGGAAGUCAGUGAAGUCGCCUGCGAGGUGGAUCAAAGCUGUACUGUUUGGGAAGAAGUCGGCGUCGAAAUCAAGUGGCGGUAAAGGAAGGGAGAGAGGUUCAAAUGAGAAAGAGAUUCUGGCUUCUGCUAAGGAAUCAGAUGCUGACAUCACGCUAAUUUCUUCUGUGGUGUCUCAAACAAACCCCAACUUUCUGGACGAAGUUGAAAGGAGGGAGGAACCAGAGAACAAGGAAAAUGUAAACCCACCACAUGAAGGUGGAGUGCUGUUAUCUGGAAAUCAGGAUAGUAAUUUACAAGGCUCUGAAAUUGAAGAAGUGACAUGUGACCCGGAAAAGAUUAAAGAAGAGAAAGCUGCGACUGUGGCACAAGCUGCUUUUAGGGGUUACCUGGCACGCCGAGCGUUCCGGGCCCUCAAAGGCAUAAUAAGACUACAGGCACUCAUCCGUGGGCACUUGGUCAGGAGACAAGCUGUUGCUACUUUGUGCUCUAUGCUGGGAAUUGUCAAGUUGCAGGCAGUUGCUCGAGGGAGGAUUGUCAGGAACUCUGAUAUUGGGCAAGAGAUACACAGGAUUUACAUAUUUGUGAAGGCUCGGGAUGGAAAAGCUGUUGAUGCUGCCGGUGUUCAUGUUUCUGUCCUUGUAGCAAAGCGGUCAACAAAUGCUUUUGUUCGUAAGCUUGUAUUGUCAUCACCAACAGUGAUGCCGCUACGCCUAUCUUAUGAACCUGCUCAACCGAAUUCUGUCCCGAGCUGGUUGGAACGCUGGUCAGCAUCUCAGUGUUGGAAAUCGCUACCACAGCUGCCGAAGAAAACCCAUCCUUCAAAACCCCAGCAACGAAAGCAGGGCCAUAGCCAAGCGGUGGAAACCGAAACUGCUAGACCAAAGCGCAGUGUUAGGAGGGUUCCUGCUGCUAAUACUGACAACAAUACUGUUCAGGGGCAAGCAGCAUCGGAAACUGAGAAACCCAAGCGUAGCUUCAGGAAGAUCACCAGCGGCCAUCCAGUAGUCGAUGCAGUUCAGGAAAACCCACAAAGUGAGCUUGAAAAGGUGAAAAGAAACUUGAGGAAGGUGCAUAACCCAGUAGUAGAGAGCAAUAUUCAACCUGAGGUUGACGUUGAGAAGCCCAAGCAAAGCUUAGAGAAAGCUUCAAGCACUCCCAGCGAGAAGCCAAAGCCAAGUGCAGAAAAGGUGUCAAAUACUCCAAGAGAGAAGCCGAAGCCAAUUGCAGAAAAGGCGUCAAGUGCUCCUAGCGAGAAGCCAAAGCAAAGUUCCGAGAAGGUAUCGAGUGCGCCAGGAAUGCCAACUGAGGCUGUGUCCAGUCAGGCACUGAACAGUUCAGCUGAGAAGCCCAGGAAAGUGACACCAUCCAAAGAAGCUGAUCCGAUUGAAGUUGAACCGACAUUAACUCUAUCUCCAUUAAAAAAGACUCCUGAGCCACUGGAAAAGGAAGAAAUGUUUGAAGUUCUGCAGACCGAUCAGCCUUCAAUCGAAUCGCUGCCAGUUGGAACUGAAAGUAAUGGUGAAGUAGAGACUACUGCUUUUACCAAUGGGGAUGCAUGCAAGGAGGAUCCUGCAAGAAACGAGAACCACAAGUCUGGUGUCAAGAAAGCUACUACUACUACUACUACUACUACUACUACUACUACUACUACUACUACUACUACCCAAGGGAAGCAGGAACAUGGUGAAGAGAAUGGGAUGCAGAAUACUAGUAGUCCAUCAAUUCCGAGUUACAUGGCUGCAACUGCUUCUGCUAAGGCCAAGCUGAGAGCACAGGGCUCCCCAAGACUCAGCAGCAGCCAACAAGAUAGUGGUGAGAAAAGCAAUUCCACACGGCGCCACUCUUUGCCCUCCUCAACUAAUGCCAAGAUCAGCUCCCAGUCACCGAGAACCCAACGACCUGUCAAUGGCAGCGGAGGCAAGGCAGGAAACAAAGUGGAUAAAACUGUGUUGUCUUCAAGAGAUGGAAAUGUGAAAGGAACCCAAGCAGAGUGGAGGAGGUGA